AGGCUGCGAUUUAUAGACAAAAACGAAGCUGCUCGACGAUCUACACUGCCAACGCUGUAGAGAGGGAAUUUAGCGCAGGGUAUCUGUGGAAAUAACGGAAACAAUGGAAAACCAACUUUGCAAGCUCUUCGUCGGUGGGUUGAAUGUCCAGACUACUGAUGAUGGACUGCGAAAGCAUUUUGAGCAGUAUGGAAAACUCACCGACUGUGUGGUGGUCCAAAAUCAGAUGCUUAAGCGCUCUCGUUGCUUUGGCUUUGUCACUUACUCGACUCCAGCUGAGGCCGACGCAGCUAUGGCGGCCCGUCCGCAUGUGGUAGACGGUAAUAACGUAGAGCUGAAGAGAGCUGUUGCACGUGAAGAUGCCGGUAAACCAGAAGCCCUGGCAAAAGUGAAGAAAAUCUUUGUCGGGGGCCUAAAAGAAGAUGUGGAUGAGCAACACCUGAAUAAUUACUUUUCUCAGUUCGGCUCUAUCGAGAAAGCAGAGGUAAUCAGUGACAAAAACACCGGGAAGAAAAGAGGUUUCGGCUUUGUCUACUUCAAUGACCACGACUCUGCAGAUAAGGCCGUUGUGUUGAAGUACCACACGAUCAACGGACAUAAGGUGGAAGUGAAGAAGGCUCUGUCUAAGCAGGAGAUGCAGGCUGCCUCGUCCACAGCCACUCGUGGAGGUGGUCGUGGCAGAGGUGGACGCGGAGCGGGAAGGUCUCAAAAUGGCUACGCCGGUGGAAGAGGAGCCAGCAGUUACAACAAUUAUGGCGGCGGCUACGGUGGCGGUUAUGGCAGCAGUGAUGGCGGUUAUGGUGGUGGAUAUGGGAGCAGCGGUGGCUAUGGCGGCGGUUACAGCGACAGCCAAAUGGGAGGUUAUGGAAAUGGCUACAGUGACUUUGGUAGCGGCUAUGGGCAGCAGUCCUCGGGCUAUGGAGCGAUGAAAGGAGGCAGCUUCUCUGGCCGAAGCAGCGCUCCAUAUUCGAGAGGUGGCGGCUACAGUAGGGGGGGCUAUGGCGGCUCCUACUAAGUCGAGAUCCACACCGCCUCUGCAGUCCACAGCCGUGCAUCGAGCAUCUCCGUCUCCUUAGCCGGUAAGAAAUUUAUGAUCCUAUUGGAAUCCCGCAAGCAGAACUCGCAGCAGCACUUCAGUUCAUUCGCUCAGAUAUUUCGCAGAAUUAUGGACACUGUGAAUCUCAAUCUAUUAUCUAGGAAAGUCGGCCUCUCAGACCCACGCUGGUUCGGAUAGGUAGGAAGAUCUUUUUUUCAGCAAACCCUGCCUUACGCCACAUCUAACUGUUGCAUUACCACAGUUAAACAUUACGGAGUAAUAGGUAUUUAGAUGUCCUUUCUAUCCUUCCAAAACCUUCUAAUUCACUCCAAACUUUUUUUUUUCUUCUUUUCAUUUUUAGUUUGGAGUCGGAUGAGAAUUGUUUCUAUGAUUCCGUAUCAGUAUACAUUGACUGCAUUUUUUGGUAGUGAAAGUCCUGUUUAGGUUUUCUUUUAGCAUAUGUUCUUGUAUUAGUUUUAUCUUUGUCUAAUUUUAAUUUUGUUGCGCAAUUGAGCAAUGUUGGUUUCUUUUUUUUUUUUAGUCCGGGAUUGUGUCAAAUGCAGUGAACAUGUAGUUGAUAUGGAGAUCAACGAAAUGCUCCGAUGCUUUAUGCAACUCCCUCCCAUCUGUCUAAUUCAGUAUUGUAUCUUUUUGAACGGUUUUUGAAUUUGUUGGCCGUUUUUCCUUUGGGUGGGAGUGGAAGUGGAGUCCUACAUGUUCAUUGCAAUGGACACAUUUCAUGACCAUGCUGAUCUAAAGGGGCGAUCUAUUGAAGAGGACGGUGUUUAGGAUAUAUAUAAAAAACCUGCACCAGGAUCUUGUAAGGGUUAUUGACUGGUAACUUGGGGGAGGGUGGGUGUAUUGACUCCGGAUAUAUACAUUAGUGUACGAUGUACGUAAGUUAUGUAUGCUUGUAACCGUUAAUGAAUCUUGUAAAGGUUUAUGUUGAUAGCAAAUGUGAAUAUAAAACUCGUUUAUAUUUAAGGUGUUUCUCCAAGGUUGCUAUUUUCCCGUAAAUGUCCUGCAAAAAUGGACUUUGGCGACCACGGACACGAGUUUCAGAUUAGUUAUUUUGAUGCCUUUUCAUUGUACUUUCUUGGUGCACAGUUUAACUUCAGCAUUGUUAAAACUGGUAUAAUUGUAUGUUUCCUUUUUUAAAUAAAUAUUCAUAAUGAAACCAA